AAAAUUGCAAUACUUCAUUUUCCUCCACCCAUAAGAUGUAGACAGUUAUCUGUCAUAUAUAUAAAUCAUGUGACUCUCAGUGCAUAGGUUCUCAUGUCACAACACGAGCAGAUAUACAGGCUCCUCAUCCCAGACCUGGUUGAACACACAGACACACAGUCGCUCCCUGAGGCAGCUGCACGGAGCCGGCAGGUUUGCAGGUUUGACUCUCACCUUCACAGCCGCUCUGAUCAAAUCCAGUUCCACGUGUCUCCACUUGCUCCAUUAUCCAGAAAUGAAGCCAGAAUAUGGAUUAACAUGAACAUUUAGAGACAGAGACGAUGAAAGCUUCCCCUUACACACAUGCGUUUGUGGUAAUCCUGAGUCUGAUGCUUUGGCGUCUUUGGGAGUCUACAUGUUUUUCUUUACCUAUUAUGUUCUCUACCUGGUUUAUAAUAAAGAUGAAAGUUCAAUAAACAUCCUGGUUAGUUAGUAUUCAUCAAAGAUCAAUUACCUUCACCGUCCUCCUCAGUGACACCGUGUUCUCACACAGCGAUCCUCCAACUCGUCAGGCAGACGUGAUGUGAACGAGAUGAAGUUACAUGAAGCUCCCUGCAGGAUGCCUCAGUUUGAGAAGUCGACGGUCCACAUGAGGGAUCCCGAGCGGGUGGAGCAGAUCAUCUGUGGUCUCAUCAAGGGAGGAGCUUCCAAACUACAGAUCAUCACAGACUUCGACAUGACGUUAAGCAAGUUCGCCGUCAACGGGAAACGCUGCCCCACGUGUCACAACAUCAUCGAUAACUGCAAGUUGGUGACAGAGGACUGCCGACAGAAGCUGCUGCAGCUGAAGAACAAAUAUUAUCCCAUCGAGAUCGACCCUCAACUCACCAUGGAGGAGAAAUACCCAUUCAUGGUGGAGUGGUAUUUCAAGUCCCACACGCUUCUGGUGGAGCAGCGGAUAGAGAGAGACAAACUGGCCGAGGUGGUGGGCGAGUCAGAAGCUGCACUCAGAGAAGGCUUUGAGCAGUUCUUCGACCGGCUGCAGCAGCACAGUGUCCCCGUCUUCAUCUUCUCCGCCGGCCUCGGGGACGUCCUGGAGGAAAUCAUCCGCCAGGCCGGAGUCUACCACCCCAACGUCAAGGUCGUCUCCAACUUCAUGGACUUCGAUGAUAACGGCGUCCUGAAGGGCUUCAAGGGAGAGCUGAUCCACGUGUACAACAAACACGACGGCGCCCUGCGGAACACAGAGUACUUCAAGCAGAUGAAGGAAUACUGCAACAUCAUCUUAAUGGGCGACUCGCUGGGGGACCUCAGCAUGGCCGACGGCGCGCCCAACGUGGAGAACAUGCUCAAGAUCGGCUUCCUCAACGACAAGGUCGAGGAGCUAUUGGACAAAUAUAUGGACUCUUAUGACAUUGUACUGGUGAAGGACGAAACUCUGGAAGUGCCCAACGCCAUCCUCCAGAAGGUUCUAUAACUCCUCCCACAAGCCCCCCCCUCCAACGACCAGUACUCCCCUCUUUCUCCCAGUCCUGUGGCCUGUCUGUAAUUAACCCUGGUCCCAGCUGCAGACUGGUACCUGUUGAAUACUCCACUCAUCUUCAGACACCCCCCCCCCCCUCCCCCUAACACACACACACACACGUGAUGGAAGCCUUUAUUAAAGCCCCCGAGAAUGAACAGUUUUAAGUUGCCUGUCACUUAUGAGUUCUGUCAUUUAGAUUUCUAUUAAAUUAAAGAAAAACCAAAAGUGAGUUUUGAAAAAAUAUAUUCUCCAUUUUUCUAAUUUGCACAUUAUUGUUAAUAUUAUUAUUCCUGGUUUUUAUUUUUCCUAUGGUGAUGAUUUUAAACCAUAAAUCAGGUGCCCACAGAUGUACAGUGUUUUUCUUCUACUUUUCCCAGCAUGCACCUCCUGUCUGUUUUCAUUACGCUGCAGUGUCGUGGGAGAAGUUCAAACAAGAACAAAGAACUCUGGGAAAUGUGACUCAUUCUUAUGGAAUGUGUUUCACAGUACCAACCCCCCCGACACAGUACUGGUUUAAUGAAACAGGGGAUUCACAUCACCAGAGGGAAACCAGUGAAUCUGAACCUCCGGUGAUCCUGAUCUGUGGGUUUGAACCGGUUCAUGCACUGAAACGCUAUGUUUACAUGAGACUGUUUUAAUCCCAGCGUUUUCUCAUUUAGAUUCAUAUCAACACACGAGAGACAGGAAUCUGUUCAGUCACUGACAGAUUCAUGUCAUAUUUAAAAUUGUGUAUUCAUGGGCCUCAAUAAUCCAGUGUUCUCCUCUUCAGUGUUGCUCCAAAGUUAAAAAAGAGAAUAACUAACUUGACCUUUAGUUGAACAGCAGGAACCACAAGAGGGAGAGAAUCUCCUUCCUGCAAUUUCUUAUUAAAAAUGAAAUGAUAUCACAGUCUAUCUCUAGGGUUGUUUAAGGCGACACGAGGAGACUCACUGUGGCCCAGUUAAACCAUCUGUCAUCCUGUGGCUGGAACUCAACCCUACCUCUGAUCUAUAUUUUAAUUUUGUGAGGUUCAAAGCUAAAACAAUCUCACUUUGUCUCAUGUUGUGUUGUUGAAUGUUCUUUAUCGGGACUUUGUGUUUGUUUUUAAAUGUGCUGCUAUCACCCGCAUGUUGCCUUUUCUUAAUGUUAAAUUUAUGUAAAAGAAUAUAAAUAUACAUAUAAAUAUUUAUAUCAAUAAUAUGGGAAUACUGUCAUACUGUAUAUGUGGGCAUCAUAAGGAAAUGUAUAGUACUUCAUGGCAUUUGGAGAUAUUUCCAGUAUAGACCGGUGUGUGUGUGUGUAUUUUUAUAAGAUUUCUUGUCUUCUUUGAGUGUUUGAACUGAAAAUGCAAUAAAGAUUCAUUUUGUGA